AGGGAAAUUACGGACCGGGGCCGAAGACGGAAAAUACCCCGGCUCCGUCGGUCUUUCGGAUACCACUGGGGGAGGCGCGGCGCUCCGGUUAUUACCUAGGCCGUUCUUCUCGGUGGGCCCGGGUGUCAAAACCCAACGAGGCCAAAAGCUCCGUAUUUUCGUUUAUUGCCGGUUUCCGCUUCCGGAACAGGCAAUUGCGGGAUACGAAGCUCGGAAGACUGCCGGUUUGCCCCCCUCCGAAUUUCCGGAACGGAAUGCGCGAUUAAAGGAACGGACCCGGUCCGGGGAAGCCGAUAAUUAACGGACGGCCCGACCUUUUACCGCGGAGGGAAGACGGCGCCCGGCCGAAAUUGCGGAAAGGAAGAGGCCGAAGGUGGGCGGCGGAGAGCGGAGAAAACGCCGUUCGGGAAGGUUACCGACGGAAACGGGCGGAAGGGUACCCCCACCCGACCGGCCGAUCUUCGCUUAGCGGCCGGCGGGCGUCUCCGGCCGUCCCGUCGCCUCCUGGCGUCGGCCGCGGGUCAGAAAUGAACGUGUGCUGGAUCGCGCUGCUGGUCUGCGCCCUCGGCGGUGGGCCGGAGAGGGUGGCCGGUCAAUUGGACCAGGCGCUGGUGCUGCGAAUCCAGGAACUGAUCGGCGGUACUCGCCGGGAGGACGGCAGCGUCGACCUGAGUCUGCUCCUCCGUCGCUACCUGGCCGAUCCCUUCCCCGUGCCCGACUUCAACAUCAGCGACUCGGGCGCCUUCUCCUCCCUGGAAGGCAGCUUUCGCAACGUCACCCUGUCCGGCCUGUCCGAAGUGGACGUCCGUCAGAUCCGCCUCAAUCUGGCCCACACCUACCUGACAUUAGAAUUAACGGAUUUUGAUGAUCUUUGUUGCCUGCUGCGACUGGAGGGCGACUACGACCUGAAGGGAUCCGUCACCUUCUUCACCGUCUUCGGCGGGGGACGAAUGUGGAUGAACGCCAGCCGAGUGGAGAUGACCGCCUCCGUCUUCCUGCGUCGCCACCCCGCCGCCGGCCACCUGCGAGUGGAGUCGGUGGAGGUGGGGGCCCGGGCCAACCGCACCCAGCUGCACUUCGAGCGUCUGGGCGGGGCCCUGAUCAGCGGAGUCACCAACGCCCUGCUCAAUCAGCUUAGUUCCCUGCUCUUUCGGCACGUGGAGAGAUCGCUGCUGGCCGACCUGAAGCGGGGCCUGAAGGAGGAACUGGACCGCCACCUGGCUCGGGUGCCCGGGGACGCGGUCCGGCCGCGGACGGCCAACCUCUUCGACGACGUCCUCCUGCAGGCGGCCGAGAGUUUCAAGUCCGUAGGCCUGGACCCCCUGCCCUUGGAGGCCCGCACUUUCCGGCUGCCAUCGCGCCUGCCGGUGACGGGAGGGAGCGUCCGGCUGUCGGACGGUCGAUUGAGCGGCCUGUCCACCCUCCGACGGACGGGCGACGUGGUCCUGGUCUACGACGAGACGGGAGUGGCGGCGGAGGCCAACGUGGGUUUCGGCAAUCUGACCGGGGCCUACGGUUGGCGGGCCGAGAUCCUGGGCCUGGCCCUUUCCGGACGCUCCGCCCUGUCCGUCCGCUCGAUCUCGGCCGGUCUGGUGUUGAGACAGAAUCGGUCGGCCGGCAGCCGCCCGGAGGUGGACCGACUGAAGAUCGACCGCAUCGGCCAGGUGUGGGUGGAGGUGGAAGGUCUGGGCACGUGGGACUCGGUGGCCGAGAUCCUGGUCAAUCUGGUGGCCAACUGGCUCAAGCUGACCAUCGCCGACGCCGUGUCCGACAAGAUCAAGGACGCCAUCCAGGAGCAGUUGGACCGCCUGUCCCUCAGCCUGGUCUGACCGGGGGGCGGAAAAGGACCCGCUUCCGGAAAGACGGUGGGAAAAUACUCCUUACUCUCGUUAUUCGUACGCAAUAAAGACGAAGUUUGAAACAGA